GCAGAGACAGAGCUGCACUCGCUUCCGUGUUUGUGUGAUCUGGGAGUGCUUCACUGUCUCUGCUCUUUCAUUCAUUUAGAAGAGUAACGCUUAGCAGGUGACCAGCAGGGAAAUGGCUUGUGAACUGAAACAUGUAUUUGCCAGCCUCCCACAGAUGGAGAGGGGAGUUGCAAAAGUGAUUGGUGGCGAUCCCAAAGGAAACAACUUCCUGUAUACCAAUGGGAAGUGUGUGAUCAUCAGGAACAUUGAAAACCCAGCUAUAGCAGACAUUUACACCGAACAUGCACAUACUGUUAAUGUUGCCAAGUAUUCCCCGAGUGGAUUCUAUAUUGCAUCUGGAGAUGUGACUGGAAAACUCCGUAUCUGGGACACCACCCAGAAGGAGCACAUUCUCAAGAAUGAGUUUACCCCCUUUUCAGGCCCGAUCAAGGACAUUGCAUGGACUGGAGAUAGCCAGAGGAUCGCUCUUGUUGGAGAGGGACGAGAGAAAUUUGGAGCAGCCAUCCUUUGGGACUCUGGCAACACAGUUGGUGACAUUUCCGGACACAGCAAAAUAAUCAACAGCGUGGACAUAAAGCAGAACCGCCCUUACCGCCUUGCCACCGCCAGUGAUGACACCAGUGGGUCCUUCUACGAGGGGCCUCCCUUCAAGUUCAAAAACACAAAACAUGACCACAACCAGUUUGUCAACUGUGUCCGUUUUUCUCCAAAUGGUGAACAUUUCGUCACAGCUGGAGCCGAUGGCAAGAUUUUCUUAUAUGAUGGAAAGAGCAGUGACCUGAUCAGCCAGCUGGGUGGAGAGAAGGCCCACAACGGAGGAAUCUAUGCGGUCAGCUGGAGCCCUGACAGCUCCCAACUCAUCUCUGCCUCAGGGGACAAGACGGUGAAACUCUGGGAUGUGGGCGCAGGUACGGCCGUCACCACCUUCAGCAUGGGCACCGAUGUGUCAGACCAGCAGCUGGGCUGCCUGUGGCAGAAGGACUACCUCCUCGGCAUCUCCCUGUCAGGAUACAUCAACUACCUGGACAAGAACAACCCUGACCGGCCCAUACGUGUCAUCAAGGGUCACAGCAAAUCUAUCCAGUGUCUGACGGUUCACAAAAGUGAAGGGCGAUCAUACAUCUACUCGGGCAGUAGUGACGGACAUAUCAAUUACUGGGAUGUCGACUCUGGAGAGAACGACUGCUUCUCUGGGAAAGGCCACAGCAACCAGGUGAGCAAGCUGACCUUCAACGCUGAAGAGCUUGUGACAUGCAGCAUGGACGAUACUCUGCGCUACACCGACAUCAACAAGAAGGAGUACAGUGACGUGGUGAAAAUGGAUUUCCAGCCUAAAAGUGUGUCAGUAGCAUCUGGGGGGCUUUCACUGGCUGUGUGCAUUGGACAGGUUGUCUUGUUGAAGGACAAGAAGAAAGUCUUCACAAUGGACAAUCUCAGCUAUGAACCUGAGGUCGGAGUCAUGCACCCUGGGGGCACCACUGCUGCCGUGGGAGGAGCAGAUGGGCAUGUCUAUCUGUACUCGGUUCAGGGCAACACUCUGAAGGACGAGGGUAAAACUCUGAAUGUGAAAGGCACGAUCACAGACAUGGCUUACUCUGAAGAUGGAGCCUAUCUGGCUGUCAUUGAUGAGAAAAAGGUGGCCAUAGUUUUUACUGUGGCUGACGGCUACUCAGUAAAAAAUCAGUUUUACGGACACCAUGCCAAACCAGUGUGCUUGGCCUGGUCACCUGACAAUGAGCACUUUGCCACUGGUGGGAUGGACAUGAUGGUGUUUGUCUGGACAGUCAGUGAUUCAGACAAGAGGGUCAAGCUCCAAGACUGCCACCGGUUGCACCAUGUUAGCGGCCUGGCCUGGGUGGACGAGCACACUCUUGUCACCACCUCCCACGAUGCCACCGUCAAACAGUGGACUAUUUCAUUCUGAGCUGCAGGCAGACAACCUCCAUAUCUCCAGGGACAAGGACUACUGUAUAAUUAACUCCUUUUUUUUUCUUUCUCUUUCUUUUUUUUAUCUGUUUUUUCACUGUCUAGCAGUGGUCAAUGCUGUUUGUAAACAUUGGAAUUGUGAAUGGUUAUGGCUGGGAAAUCCUCCCAUGAGAAUGAUGUGAGAUAUGUAAAAGAAUAACCUCGACUUACACAGAAACAAAUUGUUGGAGCAAACGAUAUAACCAUGAGUGCUUUUACAUCUCUUUUGAGCGUUUUGGACCCAGAGAAACAUUUGUUGGCUCAACAUUCCAUAGCUAAUAGCUUUCAAUGAGUUUAAACUGAAAUCAUUGUCAGUGGUUGGGCUCAAUGCAUCCUAAUUCAACGGAUGAACCAAAAGCAAGUUUUUUUUUUUUUUUUUUUAAAUCAACAAAAUAGUGUUUGAAACAAAAAAAAAGAAACCUUUUGGUUACAUUCCUGAAAUGAGAGAUACCUGGUUCUCACUGCAGCUGCCUGUCAUGUUUAUUUCAAGCUUUUUUUUUUUUUUAAAGGGUGGAUGUGUUUGCGUUUUGUUUUGUCAUACAUUUUGUGAUUCCCAACUCUUCCUGUUUGAAUGGGGAGCAAUAGAAGGAACAGAAAGAACAAAGUUUGUGUUCAGUUGAAGGUCCUGUGUUUGUUGCUGUGUUCUUGUUUGGGCUCACGACACUUUUCACACUUCUUUCUUUUCUUUAUGUUAUUAUGCAUCCACUUCCAAAGUGGAAUUCAUUCAUUAAUAAUAAUAAAAACUCUUUUUAUGCAUUUUCCCUUU